AUGCACUUCCGCAUCUCCAUAUCUCUACUCCUAACACUCACUUCAUUAUUACUCUCCCAACCAAGCACAGCAUCGAAGAGCGUUCCCUCAACCACAGUGAUCUAUCAAUUCCCCAAAUCCCCAACAUGGAUAGAAAAUCUCGCCAUCCUUCCCAACAACCAAAUUCUCCUUUCCCUAACAACCGCUCCCGAAGUCCGCCUCCUCGACCCCAAUCCACCCAACCCAUCCAUCAAACUCCUCCACACCUUCCCCUACCUCUCCGCUCUCGGUCUCGUCUCCCUCACCCCAAACCUCAUCUACCUCAUCCUCGGCAACUCCACCUCAACCAGUUUCGGCGCCGGCACCUUCGCAAUCUGGACCUUAAACCCCAACACUCCCGCUACCACCACCCUGCUCACCACCUUCCCAAGCGCCGGUCUCCUAAACGGACUCACCCUCCUCUGCCCCUCCAUCCUAGCCCUCUCCGACUCCACAACCGGCUGCAUCCGUCUCCUCAACACGUACACCAACCAAUCCAGCAUCCUCUCCCGCGCCCCCGAAAUGGCACCCCCAACGCCCUUCUCCAUCGGCAUCAACGGCCUACGAACCCUCGUGCUGGGGAAUAGGACGUACAUCUACUUCGCCAACACAGGCCUGUCCCUCUUCGGUCGUCUGCCCGUCGAUCUCUCCACGCUUGUCCCGGCUGGGGACGUCGAAAUCCUCGCGAGGAACGUGACGGUUGAUGAUUUUGCGCUGGAUGUGAGACGGGGAGUGGCGUGGCUGGCGGGGAGUGCGAUGAAUGCGCUGUUAAAGGUUGGUCUUGCGGGUGGGGAGGUGGAGGUGGUGGUUGGGGGAGGGGAUGGUGGGGUGUUGCCUGGUCCGACGAGUGUGGCGGUGGGGGAAGGGGGGGAGGUGUUUGUUAGUACUAGUGGGAGGGUGGAUGGGGUUGUUGUGGAGGGGGGGAAGGUUGUGAGGGUUGAUGUUGGGUGGUAG